AGAACGAGCGCGGCACCAGCGCAGAACGAGCGCGGCACCGCGGGCCGGCAGCGCCCACGCAGCGCGGGCACCCGCCUGCCUUCCUUCCUUCCUUGGCUCCCGCAUCCCGCCCCUUCUCUGCCCGCUCCUUUGGCCGGGACUCUCCGCCGGGAUCAGCGCGCUGUUGUUGUUGGCCGGCGCGGCCGCAUCGAGGAUAUUUUGGCUGGCGGAGAAGCAGCGGCGCCGCGUUCCCUUGGACGCCGGGUGCGGGGCCGGGGCCGCCGCGGAGGGAGCGCAGGAGCGGCGGAGCGCUGGCAUCGGGGGCCAGAUGAGUGACUUUGGGAUCAGGAACAURGACCAAGUAGCUCCCGUGUCGAACAUGUACAGAGGAAUGCUCAAGCGUCAGCCGGCGUUUGACACUUUUGACAGCUCAAACUCGCUUUUUGCUGGGUAUUUUUUCUCGCUGAAUGAAGACCAAACGCUWCAGGAAGUGCCAACAGGAUUUGACUCCACUUCUUAUGAGUCGAACAACUGUGAAUUGCCUCUGUUAACCCCGUGCAGCAAGGCUGUGAUGAGUCAGGCCCUGAAAGAUACUUUCAGUGGUUUCACAAAGGAACAGUGUCGGCUGGGUAUCCCAAAUAAUCCCUGGCURUGGACUGAACAGCAAGUUUGCCAGUGGCUUUCUUGGGCUACCAACGAGUUCAGCUUGGCAAAUGUGAAUUUCCAUCAGUUUCUUAUGAGUGGCCAAGAYUUGUGCAACCUGGGCAAGGAGCGUUUCCUGGAAYUGGCACCUGACUAUGUGGGUGAUAUUCUGUGGGAGCACCUGGAACAGAUGAUUAAAGACAGCCAAGAGAAAACACAGGAUCAGUAUGUGGAGAACUCUCACCUCACCUCGGUUCCCCACUGGGUCAAUAAUAAUUCCUUAACUGUUAACGUAGAUCAGAAUUCCUAUGGAAUGCAAAUGCCUGGAUACCCUAAACCCCUCAGUUAUCCCAAACCCAGUCUCCUGACUGACGUCUGUCAGACUUCCACGGCACCGAAUCUCCUCGCCCCAGAACAAGAGUUCCCAUUGUUCCCUAAAACCCAAGCAGAUGCUGUUGGUGUGAACUACUGUGCAGUAAAUCAAGAUUUCCCAAGGAGCAAUCUCAAUUUGCUGAUGGAUAACUCUGGCAAGCUGAGAGAGCACGAAUCCAGUGACAGCGGUGCUGAGAGCUACGAGAGCUCGGAUUCCAUGCUGCAGUCCUGGAACAGCCAAUCCUCCCUGGUGGAUUUGCAGCGUGUGCCAUCCUACGAGAGCUUCGAGGAUGACUGCAGCCAGUCCCUGUGUCUGAGCAAACCUACCAUGUCCUUCAAAGACUAUAUUCAAGAGCGGAGUGAUCCUGUGGAGCAAGGGAAACCAGUUAUACCAGCAGCCAUCCUGGCUGGCUUUACCGGCAGUGGACCUAUACAGCUGUGGCAAUUCCUUCUGGAGUUACUGACGGACAAGUCCUGUCAGUCAUUCAUCAGCUGGACAGGAGAUGGAUGGGAAUUCAAACUUGCUGAUCCAGAUGAGGUGGCCCGGCGCUGGGGGAGGAGGAAAAACAAACCCAAAAUGAACUACGAGAAGCUGAGCCGAGGCCUGCGCUACUACUACGACAAGAACAUCAUCCACAAGACGUCGGGCAAGCGCUACGUKUACCGCUUCGUGUGCGACCUGCACAACCUGCUGGGCUACACCCCCGAGGAGCUGCACGCCAUGCUGGGUGUGCAGCCCGACACCGAGGACUGAGGGGGCCCCGCCACGCCGCAGGCUGCAAUGGCGCGUGGGGACGGGGCCCGGCCCGCCCGGGGGAGGCGCCGCCAUGGCGGGACCCUCUCUUGCGGGGUUUGUGACGGCGGAGAGCCCAGGGAAGGGAAGGGACGGGAAGGGGCCUCGUGCCGUCGUGAGGAGACACAGGAUGCUCCCAGGGUCAGCGUUUCGGCCGCCUGUCCCGCCCUGCCGGGUGUGAAGCGUUUUGGCUGCCGUGGGAGAACGGGGGUGGCUUUGAAAAACCAAAGGUUGGCCGUGAGAAACCAGUGAUGCAGCAGAACUCUUGCUCGGAUGUUCCUGGAACACCACCGUCCUCGCUUACAUCUUGUAUCAUGCAGUUUAUUUAAAAAAAAAAAAAGAAAAAAAAUAAAAA